GUAGGUGUAGGAUUUAUUUCUUAAUUUCAACACUAUGUCGAAAAGUUAGAGUCUUUUAGCAAAUAGCCGAUGAAUAAUGUUGAGGAUGCCUGUGCUAGUUAUUUCUCGUCAGCCUUGGAUUGCACUGAGUUUUACAAUUAACUGUUUUGAAGAAAUUCAGACAGUCUCAGGUCGUAGUUGGGAGUGAACAGUUAGGAGAGGCUUAAGAGAGAGGCCUGGGAAGUAUUAAUAAACGAAUACUUUCUGAUUUCAGCACAUGGGUGAUGUGUGUAAUAUCAUGAUCGUUAUUUGUAACCGUCGCGUCUUUGUUGGCCUCUUUCGCUGUGAGAGGAGCUACAUCUCGGUGAAUAAGACUCGAUAAGGAGUACUGAUGGCAUUUCAUUUCUGGGUUAAUUUACUCUGAUACCGAGCCUACGUGAGGCAAUGUGGUCAUCGAUAUCCUUGAAAUGUUCGUGGGUGUUAAAUAUCUUUUUUCUAGAUCUUUCCCUGAAGAACGUGAUUUAUUUUGUAUAAAGAAAUCUAUCGGGUUUUCCAACAGUUUAAUAUCUUGAUAUAAAAUAUGCGCCUGAUAUAAACCUACCUCGGUGCAAUGGAGAAACAAAGCGACAUCUCACUUCACAUCGCUACAGUUUUACUUUCCUUGCUAAAAUAUCAGCGAUUGAGUUUUUACUUCUCAUAACUUCGCUUUGAAAGUUCAACUCCUCUUUCUCCCCUCAUUUUUUGUCCUCCUCUGCCCUGCGAACUAGUUCUAGCAAUUUUGCUUUCUUGAUUUGAAAUUGUCAUUGGAUAAAACAUCAAGCGUAAAUUUCUCAAAACAAACAAGAUUACCUAGCAGAGAAUUAGUGCUAGGGAUGCUAAGGUUGUGCCAGACACGGUCAAUUGCGCUACAGAAAGGACUGGGCUUGAAUGCGCCAUAUUUGGCUGAGGUGGCCACAAUGGUGGACAGUCAAAAUUUGAUUACUUCUUCGAGUUUGUCUUGUGACCAACAGUUUGGGGCGAAAAUCUCCGAAAUGCGACGGAUUACAACUACUUCAUGAUCAUGGAUUCUAGAUAUACCUCUCUUGGCGAACUUGGACAAAGCACUUCGCUUUACACAGCACACAAUCGCGACACAAGUCAAGCAAAUGAUCCUUACAGAAAACGAACUUCAAUCACACUCGAUGAGAACUUGUCCAGGUUGUUCGAGUGCAUGAGGCUGGAAUAUGGAACGGGAGGCUUUCUAAUCUCACCAAAAUGGAAGAACUUCAGAAGCCAGAAGUUACAGUUUGCUGAAAAGACACGAUUGAACAAUGCAAUUUGGAGAUGUUGGCAUAUCCAAUAUUCCAAGGGGAGGCGACCAUUGUUUUGUCAAUUUGUCAAUCCACUUUCUGAGGAAAAGGAGCCCUUUAAGAAGAAACCUUUUGCUGUUAUACUUGAGGGUCGUUAUUGGAGGAGAAAGUUGGAGGCUGUAGCUAGGGAGUACAAAAAACUAAGAAUAUAUUACAAAAAGUGGUCAAAUUCUCCUGUAAAUACCAGUCCACUUUCUCAUUUGAGCCUACGGGCACAGCAGAUUGAUCAAGAGAUUGCUCAGAAGCUAGAGGAAAAAGAGAGAAAAAGAAAGAGGACAAUAAGCUCAGACAGUGGAGAUGAGAACCUCUUCACUAUUCCAGCUGCCCCAGGCAGCAAUGCUCAAGUAGAUCACAUGCUAAAUAUUAUGGACACAGCUUUUAAUGAUGACUUAGCUUUGUCUGCUCUGCCCGACACACUUUUCACUUCUCGUCAAACCAACUUUGGAGGAGCUGUAAUUCCACAAGAAGCCCUUCAACAACAGCCACUGUCUCACAGAGCAAGAGAAGCAUCAGAUGUUUUUCAAGUUCCAACUCUAGAUAGCUUGCAGCCAAAUUUAGACGAAUUUAUGGAGCAUUUUGAAACUCUUACUGGAAUGCUUGUGAAACAAGCUGAACAUGCAGGAAAUCAACCAAGUUACGUACAGCAGGGUGACUACCAUCAGCGCCAGGCCGUUGCUCCUGCCCCACCAAACGCCACAGUGUAUGUGAACCAAGGUGACCCAUAUGAGUCAACUGCAUCAGGACAAGAGGAGGUUAUGGAUCAUUCAGGGGCUUAUGAAUCUGUCACACAAGAAAUGUUCCCAACCCAAACAGUGGACAAUUCUCAGUUGCGUCAACAGGUCAUGCAACCAGAUGGACAAGUACUCAUGGACAUUUCAAGUGCCAAUCCGACAGUGGAAUUCACUUAUGACUACGGGAAUGUGCUGCAAGGAGGAAGCUUCACUUCACAACUUGACCCAAGCAUACAUGUGCAGAACAAGCAGCAGGUUGUUACAUCACCCAGACUAGCUUCCCCUGUUGAACAGCCUCAGCUGCCACCCUACCCAACAUCGCCACCGCAGCAUCAUCAGACUCCGCUGGAGGAAAUUCAGAUUCAAGCUCAACAGCUUCAGUCUCGUGGUAAUAAUGUUCUCUCCCCUACCAACCAGUUUGUUGGUAAUGUGGAUCCCUUUAACACGGCCAGGCAAAUGGAUGCCUCGAGCCAACAGAGGAAGGGGCGGUUGCCUAGGAAUGUGUCUGAUACACAGUUAUAUACAAUGGACUUGUCUCAACUGGGGACAUCUCUCCACACAAAUUUGUUUCCCUCCAUGGAAAGUAAUUUACCACCACAGCUGGAAGCCCCCAAUUUAGCGGCACAUUUGCAGUCCAUACAGCCCCGCACAAGGAUCCCUUCCUUACCAACAGCCUCUAAUGCCAAACGGGUCCGUCUACCGAGAAACAUGUCUGACUCUAAACUGAGCAGUUUAGCGAGCAUGUCUAGAAGUCCGACAUCACCUCCAUCGCUACCCACAGUGCAUUCGUCGGAGAUAGCAAACCAACCGUCACAUCCAGCCCCAAAUCCAACACAUCACUCGGGAAGGAAAAAGAGAGGAGGAUUUCCUCGUAUCAUGUCAGAUUCAUCUUUGUUGAGUUUAGGUCAACAGCCGCACCAACGCUUACCUCCAGCUCCAGCAGCAGCGCCAAGUACAUCGCAGCGCAGACGAAAGAUGUCUACUCCAGAGCAUCUUGGAAACACUGUGGCAGCACUGUCAUCUCAGUCACCAACAUUCGCUAGCACUGCAGAUACACCGCAGUUAACGGGGAGCCUUACUACAAAUGCAAAUCUUUUGGAACAGUUGUUAUUAGCACCUGUGGCUAAUCCAACCCCAGCUGCUUCUGAAUCCUACCAAACAAACAGCUCCGUUUUAGGUCAGCUCCUCACUCAGCCAUCCCCUUCUAAUACUGCAGUGCCCAUGCAAACAAGAGAUACUGGUAAUAUGAGUGGUACACAAGACCCUUCUCUGCUGAAUCAGCUUUACCAGUUGAAACAAGUGUUACAGAAACAAAGCGUCCCAACAGAGCUUGUUAAUGCAUUGAGUACCUUAAGUAACGUAGGAACGACGCAAGCGACUCAGCACAAACAAGAACAGCCGCAGGCUGUUCAACAUAAAACUGCUCCUAUGCAGCCAUCACUUCAGAUGAAACCCCAAAAUCAAAAUGCCAUCACCCAAGCGUUGCAGUCCUUAUUGCGAGCACCGCCCAAUGUAGCUAUUCAACCCACGACGUCCAGCAAACCAACAACACCAGUUAGUAACUUUACUUCACAAUCGCCAUUGCAAGCCGCGUUGAUCACAUCAAACAGCGUACCGGUUCCAACUGUCACCAUCAAGCACACGCCCUCAAAUAAAGUUCCUGUGCCAGCUGUGAAUCAAAAUGUGUUGCCGCAGGCGGCAGUUAUUAUCUCCCCUCAAGGUAAUCUGCAAACUGUCCAAGAUACAACUACUGGACAAAUGGGAGGAGUACCCGAGGUAUCAACCUCAUCCAUGCCGCAGGUAGUGAAUGUUGGACAUCCUACAGCUCAGGGGCAGAGGAUUCUUUUACCAGCGAGUGUUAACCUGAGCACAUUGUCUUUAGCACAGCUAGGUCUUUCACCCGCAACGCUUCAGUCGGUUACUGUUCCUGUACCAUCAAGCGCUGUCAAUAGUUCCUCUCCUCUACAAACAGUUGCGACUAUGAGCGCUGGAGCCAAGAAUUCAAUGGCUGUUGCAGUGUCAACUACUGGUCUUGUGACUGAAUCUCAGGACACAGGAGGAAUGAGGCCAACAAAAACGCCUCCGCCUGCCAAACAGACAAGACCUGUAACUGCAGAACAGCGGGAGCAGUACAAGGAACACAGACGAAUUUCGCACAUAACAGCGGAACAGAAGAGACGUGGUAAUAUUAAAAUGGGCUUCGAUCAGUUGAUGUCACUUGUUCCGUCACUUGCCAGUCAAAGGAAUUCCAAAGUUAGCAAAGCCACAGUUCUGCAGAAAACUGUUGAAUAUACCACCAAGCUGCAGCGGGAGAGACAAACCAUGCAGGAGGAAGCUGACCUGCUCAGAAAACAGAUCCAGGAGCUAAAUGCAUCAAUAAGUAUGUGUCAACAACAGCUUCCGGCCACAGGAGUACCAGUUGCAAGACAGCGUGUUGAUCAAAUGUGGUCCAUGUUUAAUCAGUACGUAAAGACACGAACGCAGGACAACUUCAAGUUCUGGAUAUUCAGCGUACUGAUGCGUCAUCUGUUUGAAGAGUAUAAUAACACGGUGUCUACAGCCAGUGUGGAAGACUUCUGUAGAACAGUUAUUGGGUGGCUUGAACAGCACUGUUCUUUACCCGCACUGAGACCUGCGGCAUUGUCCUCGUUACGCGACCUCAGUAAAGCUACGUCGAUCUUGUCAGACCCGUCGAAAGUUCCUGAGCAGGCGCUGAGAGCUACAGCCAACAGGGAUCCUACAGACCUGUCCGCCAUGAUGGCUCCUCCAGGUGCCAAUGGUGGGGUUCGAAAUGGUGGGGCAGCAGCCGGCUACAGUUGAGAAGGACCUAGACACAUUGUCCCUAGUAAAUAAUGUUCCUUUAGUCUCUGCAAGUGGCAUCUCAACAUUGUUUGUAAAAUUAUCGGCGAGGCUUUCCAUUGACGCUUCUACGAUUCAGAAGGAAACUUCCUUGGUUUAGACACUCACUUCUAACCAGCAGCCACUCAGUUUAUUGCACAACAUCUUUUUAAAAAGUUUGAUGCACUGUGUGGAGAAACUUUUUACGCCAUUCUGUACAUAGUAUUCCCUCUAGGAGACGACCUGCCAAACACGUGACCUGUUAUUGGUCACACUUUGCAUCGGUCUACAUGACCCUGGAAGCCAGGACUCAACUCGAUCCUUUCGAGUAAGGAACAAAAAAAGAUUACAAAAAUAUGCCAGGAAACAUUUUGAAGUGAAACGGACAUGGUACAGAAAGAGCACAGGAAAAUUUGCGUGUUUGCGAAUACGUUUAUAGAUGCGCUUUUUUGGCAUAUGAAUGAUGCUGUAUAUUUAGUGUGAGAAGUAAUGCAGGGGUAUAAUAUUGGUGAGAAAUCGGCCAAUAUGAAAGAGGUUCUUUUUCCAAGCUUGACGUAAUUUUGUUGCUAAUUGAAAUAUGAGUGAUCAAGAGAUAAAUGUGAUGAUUCCUGUAAGUGAAGUCGUAGUUUGUCUUCAAAGAUAAAAAAAAAUACAUAACCUAUAAAUAAACGAAAUGUUGUGUUCAAAACCUGUUAAAGGUCAUUAUUUUCAGAUCUAACUGUUCCUAAUUCCAACACUAGCUAAUAAUAUCCAUAUCUGUACUAGAGAAAAAAGUAUAACUUGUACUAUAAGCUGUUGUCGUCAAAUGACUUUUCCUAUAAUAAGCGAAUACAUUCGACUGCAUCUCUUUGAUAAGCUGAUACUUCCUAAUUCUCUUAUCCAAACUGUCGCUUUUGUAUGCCAUUCUCAACUCUCAGUCCCAGGAGUCUUUCAGUGUUAAGUUUAGGAGGAGGUCUGGAGUCUAGUUUGGCUUGGUUCCUAUUCAAGCCUUACUGCUUCUAUAUUGAUCCAUAAGUUAUCCUGCCAUCUCUAUGGUAUGUACGUUAUGUGUUUAGUUUAAUGUGUAACGACUGGAUUUGCCUUGUACAUUGUAUUUUGCCCCUGUGUUAGUGGUGGGCAGUUGCCCAGGUACUGAUAUUGACGUUAGGCGAACAGUUAGAUCGCUUGACUAAGGCCGAUUAAUCCUUAGAGAAUUUAUAAUGUAGGUAAAUACUAAUAGAAUUUUAAUAGUUCUCUAUCUAGCACUGUAAAUGUAAGUUUUUGAGUGAUAAUUCUUUGUACAUAGGGUAACUUGUUUCAAUCACGUCGACGUUUGCCGAUCAUCUGAGCAAAAGGAAGGACUCCAUAAAUUAACUCAUUAAACUUUCGUGAAAGGCUGUAUUCAACAUGUAAACUGCAGUUCACAAUCUCAAAUCUGUAUUUGUUUUAUAGUCUAUUACGAGAAUACCUCUGUUUGUUCAAUUAUCCAGGUGUAACUAUAUUGUCCAAUGUUUGGCCUCUGUUUAGCUUUGUCACUAAAUUAGCAGUUUUAUACUGAGGAUAUGGUGCAAAUUCAAUUUGCAGUGAGUUGUAAGGUGGAAAAAGGAUUUUUUGCAAAAAUAAACUGCUUUUUUACAACAA